CGCUUAACCCGCUGAGCCACCCAGGCGCCUCUCUACAUCCCUGUUUUUAUCAUGUAUCUGUGUCUGGGGUGGUUCCAGCCUCUUUUUCUUCCAGGCCCCUUUGUUUUGCUUUGCCUCCAUGUCCUCCCUCUCCUUUCUCUUCUUCUCCAUCUCCUCCCUAAGUGUAUCUCUGUCUCUGCAUCUAGAUCUAGAUCUUGCCGGGCUCUCUGUCUCUCAUUCUCUUUCUCACUCUUUGUCUCCCGGCCACUGCUGUGUCUAGUGCUGUCUUGAUUUUCCCAAUCUCACUCUGGCUAAGUCUUGUCCCUUCAUCUCUGUCUCUUCUAUCUCUCUCCAACCCUUGCCUGGCCUCUCUAAUCUUGCUUUCUGUUUUUCCCUCUGUCUCCCAUUCUGUCUGUCUGGUUUCCCCAUCUGUCUCUGUCUGCUGCUGUGGCUGCUCAGAACCCCCGCCCUGAGCCUCUUUUCUCCUUGCAGCCUAACCACGUGAUGACCAGGUGGGCUUUGCUGGUGCUGAUGGUCCUGACAUCGGGCAGAGCCCUGCUGGUCACUGGGACCCCUAGCCCAGCCUUCCAGCUCCUCCCUCAGAACCCUCCCCAGGCUACUCCCUGUCCUGUGACCUCGGAGAGCACUACAGCCACCACCACAGGCCCCUCCACUGCUUGGGGCCACCCCAGCCCUGGCCCUCGCUCGGGCCCCCGCAUCAUCCUCUCGCUGGAUGUCCCCAUUGGCCUCCUACAGAUCUUAUUGGAGCAGGCCCGGGCCAGAGCUUCGAGGGAGCAGGCCACCACCAACGCUCGCAUCCUGGCCCAGGUUGGCCGCCGCUGAGCCUGGGGGCAGGAGUCACAAUAACGGGGCCAUCCUGGAUCAGGAGACCUGGAAGCCCUGCAGUAGAGCAGGACAGCAUUACAUCUGGGCAUGGUGCGCCUGGCUACCUCCCUAUGGGGUCACUGCCAGCUGGUGUCAUAUCACAGCUGAGUGCCUCACAGAGCCCCAUUGUAUCUAGACAGCCUGGACAUUGCCAUAUUGGGUGGCUGCCAAGUGGAGUCUUGCCAUGCCUGGAGCCCCACAGACUUACAAUAUGUCUGGACAGUUUGGACACUACCGUGGAAUGUCAGUACUGUGUGGAGUCUUGCCAUGUCUGGGUGCCCCACAGUUGAAGAGCAUCCGGACACUGCCAGUGUGGUAAUUCUUGUGCCACUUUUGGGAAUCUCAUCAACACAGGAGCUCAACAUUGCAUCUGAGGCUAGUCCACCUAAGGCCAGGCCCGUGGGUCUGCCCUGCCCCACACAGGUCACCACAUAGGAAGUGCAGGCUGAGGGUCAUAUGCAUGUUUUGUGCUCCACAAGGCAGCACCUGCCUCAGAUGAGUGGGGUCACCAGGGGCAUCUCUCUAGGCGUGUAGAGCCGUAGGUGAGAAAUCUGUAGCUGUGGCAGCCUUGUUGUAGGUGUAUGCAUGCAGGAGUGGCUGUGUCUCUGUGUAUCUGAUAGUUGUGAGUCUGUGUGGGCAAGGUGAGGGCAUGUGAGGGAGCUGUGAGGAACAGAUGCUUAUCCCCCAGACCAGCAUGAAGCAUGCCCAAUGCACAGCCAGGCACUGUCCACACGCCUGCACACCCAGCUGUGGCCCUUGGACACAUGUGGCUCCAGCUGCUGGGGCUCAACCCAGCUCUGCUCGUCCUUCAUCAAAUUGUCUGCAGCAAACGUGUUCACCUUUCCAAGCCUUGGCUUUCUCCUUGGUAGGGCAGAGCCAUGACCAGGCUUCUUGUGAGCACCAAGUGACAUGUACAUGAAGGUUCUGGCAUGUAGG